AUGGCCUCCACUAGUAUCACUUGUAUUUCUUCCAUCUUGGCUGAUCUGCAAGCGCUGGAGAACGAUUAUCCAGAAUUUCCAAAUUGGCCGCAGCAGUACCUGAGACGCAUGAGACACAUGCUAAGAUAUCUGAGAACAUUUCUUCUGUGUGCGAUAAAAUACAGCAACGGUGAUGUGCAAUUACUAUUUGACAACAAAAAGAACCAGGCAAAUAAUCAUCAUGCAAGCCUAGAAGCUCUGGCAGUUCGGAUUGGAGAAGCCAUUCCCAAGUGGGCAAAGGAGAUCCAAUCUUCUGAUCAGCCUUGGAAGGUGGUCCAUGAUUUAGAAAAAGACAUGGAAUCCUUCGAACAAGAAAUUUGCGAAUGGUACGUCUUUUUCUUGGGUUCCUCGUCACGGCAGUCCAGUAAUUCGGUCGUUCGAAAAGAUGACCUUAUGGAAUUCAUGGAUUCUCUUCUGGAGAAUCUAGUGAAUUAUCUUCCAAGGAGUCGGCUGCCACAUCAAGUUGGACUAAUUAAAGCCCUUGAAGAGAAGCUGGCGUUCAUGAAAAACUUCAUCCGUUUUCUCACACUGCAUGGCGUUGCAAACACAGAAUUGGGACCAUUGUUGGUUCACACUGAAGCUGUGGCUAUCAAUGCAGCAGGCCUCUCUUAUAAGUUCCAGUUUAAGAAGGGUUUCGGAUCGCCCAAGGAUAUCAAGGAAAACAUUUCGGAACUGCCGCAGAAGAUUAUUCCUGUUGAACCGCAAGUCCUUGACACUUGUAUCCAGGCCCUGGCUGCUUCAAAGUUAUCAAGACAAUCAUACGGAGAUACAGAUGAGCGCAUAUUGAGAGACUUCUACCAUUCUCUCCUGCGUAAUCUUUGGGAGAAACUAAAGCAUGGUACUUGUCCUGUAAUUUUGCGUCAACUACAAAUGUUUUACGAGGGGCUCAAUUCCUUGAGAACCAUUUUGAAGGAGAAGCCAAAGGAGUUCAAUGAGAAAGUAAGAGAUCCUACUCGAGUCGUGAAAUGUUAUGGAGGAGAUUUUAUUUCCCCACUCUCUCUGAAUGCAAUCAAAGACGGCAUACAAGCCAAGGAUAUGGAUAUCGUGUGUUCUGAGUUAUCGGAAAUAAUUAAGCUCAUCAAUGCAGUAAUCACAGAGAAGUGUCCAGAAUCAUCAUCAUUCACUUUUCCUACGACCAAUGGACUGGGCUUUGUUGAUUCCCUUCUAGAAAAGAUGAUGGAUGUGACAAGUUCUGAGGCCGGCUCGAUUGCUUUGAUCGAUCAUCCAAUUCAAAAAGUCCAGGAAGUACUUGUUUGUUUACGUUCUUUGCUGUGGAAAAUUGUGGAGCUGCAAAAUGAAGAUGAGGAGGUCCAGGCAAUUUGGAAUCGUAUUGUUGGGGUGGCAUACAGGAUAGAGCUUUUUAUUGACUCCUUAAUAACUGGAAAUAUCUUAGAUUCUUCUUCAAUGUCUAUUCAUUCCAUUUUAGAAGAAAUGAACAUCAUUGAAGCUGCGGCCUUGAAGAUUUGUGAUAGCGAAAGACUUGGUGGAAAAGUUAGCGAAGUAACGAAGAGAUUCAAUCACAUGCCACAAGAAGGAAGUAAGCCAAUAGUCAAUGAUUUGGUGGUGGGAUUCGAGGAUGAGACGGCAUCGAUAAUCAAUGGACUCAGAAAUGGAUCACGCCAAGUGAAAAUUGUUUCCAUUGUGGGUAUGCCGGGAUGCGGUAAGACAACUUUGGCUAGAAAAGUGUACAAUGAUUCUUCAGUGAAGUCCCAUUUUUAUGAGCGUGCUUGGUGUACUGUUUCUCAAAUAUAUCAAAAGAGAAAUCUGUUGCUUCAAAUUUUGACUUGUAUUGAGUCCAAGCUUCCUGAGGAAGUUUUUAAGAUGGGUGAAGAAGAUCUGGCUCUUCAAGUCAAAAGACGUUUGCUGAAAAACAGAUAUCUCGUUGUUUUGGACGAUGUAUGGGACAUUGAUGCAUGGAACGGAUUGGAAGCCUCAUUCCCUGAUGAUGGAAAUGGAAGUAGAGUUAUCUUGACAAGUCGGCUCCGUGGUGUUGCUCCGCAAGCCAAACUCGACCAUGAACCGUAUUCUCUUCCUCAACUCACUCCUAAUGAGACCUGGGAUUUGCUAAAAGGGAAGUUAUAUCCUGGACAAGAUUUGGCUCCUCCAGAACUAUGUGAAAUUCGACAGCAAGUCGUGGAAAUGUGUCAAGGACUACCUCUUACGGUUGUCAUUCUUGCCGGAAUUCUCUCAAGGAUGGACCGAUAUGGUUGGAAAGAAGCUGUGGAAGGUUUAAGUUCAAGGAAUGUUUCUAGUACGGAACAAUGUACCGCUACAUUAGAGCUGAGUUACAAACAUUUACCUGAUAAUCUGAAGGCAUGUUUUCUUUAUUUUGGAGCCUUUCCAGAAGACCAUGAACACAAUACCAGGAGGUUGAUUUCUCUAUGGGUUGCUGAAGGUUUUGUUCAAAAAACUCAGCUCAAGAGAUCAGAGGAUGUGGCAAAUGAUUACCUGAUGGAACUUAUUAGCAGAAGCUUAGUCAUAGUUUCGAAACCAAGAUCCAUUGAUGGGGUCAAAGCUUGUCGCAUUCACGAUUUGUUAUAUGAGUUUUGUGUGACAAAAGCCAAAGAAGAAAAGCUUUUGCAGCGGGUACGUAGGUGGAGCACUUUGACAACUUGA